AUGAAGUUUUUUCAAAUUUUAUUAGUUUUUUUUAUUGUUGUAAUUAAUUUAAUUAAAGCACAAAUUGCUUCAAAAUUUCAAAUAACAAUUUUAAAUGGAUGUGAUCAAACUUUUACAGCUGAACUAGAUAAAUGCUCAACAAUUGGUGCAUGUGGUUUUUCGUAUGCCAAAGUAACAUAUGAUUCAUUCAUGGGUGAUUUUACUGUAAAUAUGUAUAAAGAAAAUAUGUUUAGAUGUAAUGAAGCUAUGCCAGACAAUUUUAUAAUUUUUGAUUGUGGAUCUGGUAGUUCAUUCCCAGGCCAAUACUCAAUAAAGUGUAUUAAACCGUCUGCAACAACAGCAACAACAACAACAAUAUCAACAACUUCACAUUCAACAACAACAACAACAAUAUCAACAAGUUCUACAACUUCAUCUACAACAAAUGGAAAUACAAUUAGUAGUGGAGAUAGUGGUAGUGGUGGUGGAACUAAAUCAUCAACAACUGCACAUUUGUUUUCCUCUUUAAGUUCUACAUCUUCUUCCUCUACAUCACCACCACCAACUACAACUUCAACUACAACUUCAACUACAUCUUCUUCCUCUACAUCACCACCACCAACUACAGCUUCAACUACAGCUUCAACUACAACUUCAACUACAUCUUCUUCAUCAACUACUGGCGGAGUUAGUGGUGCAACUUGUGAAAUAACUUCAAACUCAAGUUUAAUAGUUAGUUAUAUAGCAAAUACACCAUAUAUUCAGUGCAAUGGUUCCCCAGAUUUAAACUGUAAUGGUUUAUGUUCAAAUAAUUCAAAUUAUACUAGAACUUGCUACGCUAAUAAAUUCAUCAAUUGUUCAGGUAUAUCUAUCAAAUGUUCAAUUGAUAGUGUUGAAGUUUGCAAAGUACAUUGGCAAUAUGACCCAUCUUCAACUACCUCAACCUCUGAAGUUGGACCAUUACCAAAUCAUUCAAUUUCAAAUUUCAAUUUCAUUUCAACAUUUUACAUUACAUUUAUAUUAUUAACUAUUUUUCAAUAUCAUUUAAUCAUUUGA